GCGGUCGCGGGCAGUUUGAACCGGGAGGAUCCGGGAGUGCGUGAGGAGCGUGGGGGAUUGAAGCGAGGGCUCGGUGUGGGGCUGACGGACGGGCAGCGCUGGGGACCGGCGGGUGCCGACUCCGCGUCCCUCAGUGUAUUAUAAUACACAGAACAAAAUGAGCUGGGCACUGGAAGAAUGGAAGGAAGGUCUCCCUACAAGAGCUCUACAGAAGAUUCACGAGCUUGAGGAACAGCUGGACAGACUGAAGAAGGAGAAGCAACAGAGGCAGUUUCAGCUGGAUGCGCUUGAGGCUUCCCUGCAGAAGCAGAAGCAGAAGGUUGAAAAUGAAAAAACGGAGGGUACAAACCUAAAAAGGGAAAAUCAAAGAUUGAUGGAAAUAUGUGAAAAUUUGGAGAAAACAAAGCAGAAGAUAUCUCAUGAACUUCAAGUUAAGGAGUCACAAGUGAAUCUUCAAGAAGGCCAACUCAACUCAGCCAAAAGACAGAUAGAGAAACUGGAACAGGAACUUAAGCGGUGUAAAUCUGAACUUGAAAGAAACCAACAGGCUGCACAGUCUGUAGAUGUGUCUGUGAAUCCAUGCAGUACACCACAGAAUGUUCUUACAGCUCCGCUAACACCAAGUCAAUAUUACAUCGGUUCUAAGUAUGAAGAUCUAAAAGAAAAAUAUAAUAAAGAAGUUGAAGAACGAAAAAGAUUAGAGGCAGAGGUUAAAGCCUUACAGGUUCAGAAAGUGAGCCAGCCUACUCCCCAAGUCACCAUGAAUCACCGAGACAUCGCGAGGCAUCAGGCUUCCUCAUCAGUGUUCUCUUGGCAACAGGAAAAGACUCCAAGUUGCCUUUCAUCUAGUUCUCAGAAGACUCCACUUAGGAGAGAUGUCUCUGCACCUCACUUUUUGGAGGAAGAAGUAGUGACUCCUAGAUCAACUCUGCAAGCAGAGAAAAGAGAUGGCGACAGCAGUUUUUGUGACAACCCAAAUCGUUCUCUUCUUUUGGAUCAGUUCAAAGCCCGGAAUCAAGAUCUAAGAAGCAAGGUUAAUGAGCUGGAACUACGUCUACAAGGACAAGAGAAGGAAAUGAAAGGCCAAGUAAAUAAGUUUCAAGAAUUACAACUACAACUGGAGAAAACAAAGACGGAAUUAACUGAAAAAGAGAAAGUUUUGAACAAAAACGGGGAUGAACUAGUGAGAACCGCAGCACAGUAUGACCAGGCAGCAGCCAAGUGUACUGCAUUGGAGCAGAAACUGAAAAAAUUGACUGAGGAUUUAAGUUGUCAGCGGCAAAAUGCAGAAAGUGCCAGAUGUUCUCUGGAACAGAGAAUCAAGGAGAAAGAAAAGGAGCUUCAAGAGGAGCUGUCCCGCCAGCAUCGUUCUUUCCAAGCUCUGGAUCAAGAGUGCACUCAGAUGAAAGCCAAACUCACCCAGGAGUUACAGCAAGCCAAGAAUACACUCAGUGUUCUUCAGGUGGAACUGGAUAAAGUCACAUCAGUAAAGCAACAAUUAGAAAAAAAUUUGGAAGAGUUUAAACAAAAGUUCAGCAGAAUGGAACAAACUCUCCAGGCGAAUCAGAUCACAGAGAACGAGCUGAGGAGAAACAGUGAGGAAAUGAAGAAGGAAAACAGCCUCCUUAGGAGUCAGUUGGAGCAAAGGUUCCGAGAAGUCUGCCACCUGGAGGAAGAACUUGGGAAAGUCAAAGUGUGUUUGAAUCAGAGCCAGAACUUCGCAGAAGAAAUGAAAGCUAAGAACACCUCUCAGGAAAUCGUGUUAAGAGAUCUUCAAGAAAAAAUAAAUCAGCAAGAAAACUCACUGACUUUAGAGAAACUAAAAUUUGCCUUAGCUGAUCUGGAAAAGCAGCGAGAUUGUUCUCAAGACCUCUUGAAGAAAAGGGAACAUCACAUUGAACAAUUGAGUGACAAGUUAAACAAGUUAGAGAAAGAAUUUGAAGCUUUACUGAGUGCUUUGGAGUUAAAAAAGAAAGAGUGCGAAGAAUUGAAAGAAGACAAAACUCAGUUUUCCUACUGGAAAAGUGAAAAUGAGAAACUUAAAAGUCAGAUAGAAUCAGAGAAGGAAGGCUUGCAGAGUAAAGUUAACCACUUAGAAACUUGCCUCAGGACACAACAAAUGAAAAGUCAUGAGUACAAUGAGAGAGUGAUAACACUGGAGAUGGAAAGAGAAAACCUAAAUGUGGAGAUUAGAAAUCUUCACAAUGUGAUAGACAGUAAGGCGGCGGAGGCCGAGGUACAGAGACAAGCUUACCUGGAACUGCAGCAGAAAGCUGAGUUCUCAGAUCAGAAACAUCAGAAGGAAAUAGAAAACAUGUGUUUGAAAACUAAUCAGCUCACUGGGCAGGUCGAAGAUUUAGAACACAAACUUCAGUUACUGUCAACUGAAAUACUAACCAAAGAGCAACAGUACCGAGACUUGCAUGCUGAACAUGCAAGCCUCAGAAGUUUGCUCCAUGUCACAGAUUCUCUAGUAACAUCUGAGGAACAGCAAAGUUCUUUGGCUUUUGAACAGCAGCCUAUAGUAAGUCAUUCUUUUGCAAAUCUAAUGGAAGAACAAGGAAGCAUGUCUCCAGAAAGGACUGACUGUCUUGAAGAUACAAACCAAAGUCCAAAAAAUUCAGCCCUCUUACAAAGUAGAGUAAUUUCACUUGAAAUUUCCUUGAAAUCUGAAAAGCAGAUGAACUCAAAUCUGCAAAAGCAGUGCGAGGAGUUGGUACGAAUCAAAGGAGAAAUAGAAGAAAAUCUCAGUAAAGCAGAAGAGAUGCAUCAAAGUUUUGUGGCUGAAACAAGUCAGUGCAUUGGUAAACUGCAGGAAGAGUGUUCUGCUCAUCAGAAUACCGUUGCUGAAAGUUUAGUAACUCUUGAGAACAAGGAAAAAGAGCUGCAACUUUUGAAAGAAAAAUUAGAAGCUGAGCAAACGGAGAUUCAAGAACUAAAAAAGAGUAACUCUCUGCUUGAAGACACUCUAAAGGAGCUACGACUUUUAUCUGAAACCUUGAAGUCAGAGAAAAAGGAAAUGAGUUCCAUCAUUUCUCUAAGCAAAAAAGAAAUUGAAGAGCUAAACCAAGCCAAUGGGACUCUCAAAGAAAUUAAUGAAAACUUAAAUCAGGAGAAAGUGAAUUUACUUGAAAAAAAUGAGAAAAUUUCAAACUGUAUAGAGAAACAAGAGAAAAGCAUUUCAGAGUUAUCUGAUCAAUAUAAGCAAGAAAGACUUUUAUCACAAAGAUAUGAAGAAGCUGAAAUGGCAUUGGAAGAGCUUAGUGAAAAAUACAAAACAGCACAAGAAAACAAUGCUAAAUUAGAAUGCUUGCUCAGUGAGUGCACUGGUGUUUGUGAAAGUAGGAAAAACGAACUGGAACAGCUGAAGGAAACAUUUGCAAAGGAACAACAAGAAUUUGUAACAAAAUUGGCUUUUGCUGAAGAACAAAAUAGGAAAUUGAUACUGGAAUUUGAGAUAGUGCAGCAGACUCUGAGAUCAGACAUUAUAGGCUCAACAAAGGAUCCUAAGGGUGAUGACUUAAAACAAGAAAGUAUGACUUCAAAGGAAGAGCAAAGUCAUGUGCAAAAGGAAGUCAAUGGCUUAUCACAAGAGAAUGAGCAGCUGAUGGAAUUAACACAGACUAAACAUGAGUAUCAUCCAGAAUUGGAACCAGUUAGGGAUUCUGUGAACGAAACAGAAGACGGGAUAAACAAGUGUAUUUCCCAGAAUCAGAUGGAUCUUGACUUUAAAGAUACUUCUCCAGAAAACUACAAGCCACAGUUGGUCCAACUAGAAGCUUUGAUAAAUGUUUUGGAAGUAAAGCUUGAAGAAAGUGAAAAAGAGAAAGCAAGCUUGCAGCAGGAAUUACAGACAGUAAGAGGAGAAUUAAGGACUGGAGGUUUACAAGGCAGUCAGUCACACGGAAGUGUUGGCCUUAAAGACUGUGAAGUAGAUGCAGAGGAAAAGUUUAUCUCAGUGCUUCAUGAGCUGUCAGGUCAAAAUGAGAAUGUGCAUUUGCAGUGCUCUGUACAGUCAGCAGUGAACAAGCUGAAUGAGCUAGAGAGAAUGUGUGAAGUGCUGAAGGUUGAAAAGCUAGGACUAGAAUCUGGACUGAGUGACUCACGAUCACAGUGCCUCAUGGCAACUGGCAAGAUGGCAGAAGAGGUAGAGAAAGCAGUGAAUGAAGUAGAAAGACUGAAUGAGGACAGUGGUCUUCCCCAGAGUGAGUUCAUGAAAGAAAUGCCGGGUGGUGAGUUUAGUGGUCAGCAAAAUGAGCCACGAGACGACACAGGUAUGUUCUUGAAUCCUUUGGACAGCAGCAGUUUCUGUGAACAGAUGACCUUGUCAGACAAGGAAGUUCGAGUGCACUUUGCUGAAUUACAGGAGAAAUUCUCAUGCUUGCAAAGUGAACACAAAAUUUUACAUGAUCAGCACUGUCAAGUGAGCUCGAAGAUGUCAGAGCUAUGUUCCUAUGUGGACACAUUAAAAGCUGAAAAUUCUGUUUUGUCAAUGAAUCUGAGACACUUGCAGGGUGACUUGAUAAAGGAGACGAAGCCUGGAGCUGAGGGUGGGUGUACUCUGUCCCUGUCAUGCUCACGAAUGACAGGUAGCCCUAGUCUGACAAGCUUUGGAGAUUCCUCUCUUUAUGAAGAUGUUUUAGAACAAGCAGGAAGCACAUCUCUUCUAAGUAAUUUAGAAGGGAAUGUUUCAGCAAAUCCCUGUAAUGUAGAUGAAGUAUCUUAUAGCAGCCUGGAGGAAGAGAAUCUGACUGAGAAGGAAAUCCCAUCUGCUGCUUUGAGGACUGUUGAAGAACUUGAGAUCAUCUGUCAGAUGUGCUUGGAGUCACUUAAGAAUCUAGAAGAGAAAAUCGAGAGUCAAAGGAUUAUGAAAAGCAAAGAAAUUCGAGAGCUGGAGCAGUUACUGCGUUCUGAGAGGAAAGUGCUUGGCUGCCUCAGGAAGCAGUACUUGUCAGAAAAUGAACAGUGGCAACAGAAGCUGACAAGUGUGACUUUGGAGAUGGAGUCCAAGUUGGCAGAGGAGAGGAAGCAGACAAAACACCUGUCCCUGGAGCUUGAGGCAGCACGGCUUCAACUGCAAGGACUAGACUUAAGUUCUCGGUCUUUACUUGGCACUGAUGUGGAAGAGGCUAUUCAGGACCAAAGUGAUACCUAUGAUGUCAAAGAAUCAGAAGUUUGUACUUCAGAAACAAUAGAGACAACACCAAAGCGGGACACUGAUCAGAUUUGUGAUAAAAAUGUUCAGCAAGACCUUGCUCUAGAAACUGGGAACACUCAGACUGACCGAGUCAGGCUUACGGGAGAGAGGUGUGAACAACAGUCCUCAGAAACCAAUUGUGAGACACCAGCAGAAGACAAAACACAGAACUAUUCAGAGUACAUUUCUGAGUUGUUUUCUGGUCCCAGUGCUUUGGUACCCAUGGAUAUUCUGGACGAUCAGGUAUCCAUCCAGGAUCCCCAGCUGCAGAAAGAGACACCAAAUGAAAAUUUGAGAUUACUUCCUGAAGUAGAGGACUGGGACAAAAAAGUUGAAAGUUUGCUAAAUGAAAUAAAAAAGGUAGAUUCAAAACUCAAUUUACAGGAAAUACAGCUAAAGAUCAAGAUUGAAACAUGUAUACAAUUGGAAAAAAUAGUUAAGCAACUCAAGAAAGAAAAAUCUGACUUAAGUGAAAACUUGGAAUCCUUUUCUUGUAGCGAGGAGAUGUGCCAGAUUUCAGAAGGCCUUGAUUCUAACUUGGGAGCAAAUGGAUUGUUAACUGAAGUUAUUGAAGAUACUGCAGCCAACAUUGAAGACAAUUGGAAAGAGAGGUUUUUUGACAUGGAAAAGGAGCUGACCAAGGUCAAGUCUGAGAAAGCUACGAUUGAGCAUCACACUCUCUCUGUGGAGGCUGACUUAGAGAUGGUUCAAGCUGAGAAGCUGUGUUUAGAAAGAGAUAAUGAGAGUAAGCAGAAAGCUAUUGUCUGUCUUAAAGAACAGCUGUCUGUAAUCGUAAGAGAGAGAGACAGGCUUCAUGGAGAGUUGGAUAAUGUGUCAAAAGAGAACAAGGCACUGGAUCAGAUAUCUAAAACCUUAAAGGAGGAAAUAGAGGAGCUGAAGUCUCAGCAAGGCGAGAAUCUCCAUCACAUUCAGGUGAUAGAGGCCGAAGUCAAGGACAAAGCGGAACUCCUUCAGACUCUGUCCCUUAAUGUGAGUGAGCUGACCAAAGAAAAGGCUCUUCUCCAGGAGCAGCUGCAGAAUUUACAGAAGGAGUCGCAGGAAUUAUCUUCAGCAACAAGUGAGCUGGAAAGCCAAAUUGGGCAACUGAAUAAAGAGAAAGAGUCGCUGGUCAGUGAAUCCAAAAAUCUGCAGGAUAAGCUGAGUGAGUCAGAACAUGAAAAGCUAGCCAUGUCCACUGCCUUGGAGGUAGCGCUCACGGAGAGAGGAGAGUUUGCAGGGAGGCUGGGCUCAACCCAGGAGGAGGUGCAUCAGUUGAGAAGAGGCAUCGAGAAGCUGCGUGUCCGCAUUGAAGCUGAUGAAAAGAAGCGGUUCCAUGUGGAGGAGAAGCUGAAAGAAAGCCAGCGUGAAAAUGACUCACUGAAGGAUAAAGUGGAAAACCUGGAAAGGGAAUUGCAGAUGUCAGAAGAAAACCAAGAACUGGUCAUUCUUGACGCCGAGAAUUCCAAAGCAGCGGUAGAAACCCUGAAGGCACAAAUGGAUGAAAUGACCCAGAGUCUGAGCGAGUCUGAAUUAGCCCUUGGCACGGUUAGGUCUGAAAGAGAUGAUCUAACAAAGCAGUUACAAGAAAAACAAGGUCAAGUGUCAGAAUUAGAUGGACUGCUCUCCUCCCUUAGAAGUCUGUUAGAUGAAAAGGAACAGGCAAGAGUACAGAUGGAAGAAGGUUCUAAAGCUGCAGCGCUGGCACUUCAGAUGCAGUUGAAAGUGCUCAGUGAGGAGGUAGCAGCCUUGUCUGAUGACCAAGAAACCCAGACUGCCCAUGAGCAGAGUCUAGACCUGCCAGGGGAGGAAGUGUAUCACUUGAAAAAUAGCAUUCAGAAGCUAAAAGUCUACUUAGAAGCUGAGGAGAAGAAGCACCUCCACACCACAGAACAACUGAAGGAGAGUCAGCAUCAUGCAGCUUUGCUUAAAGACAGAGUUGAAAACCUUCAAGGAGAACUGGAGCUGACAGAGAAGAACCAAGAACUCAUGACUCUUGAGUCUGAGAAUUCCAAAGCAGAGGUACAGACACUAAAAGCAGAAAUACAAAGGAUGGCUGAAAGCUUACAGGACUUGGAAUUAGAUGUUAUUAAUAGAAGGUCGGAAAAAGAAAGUCUCAUGAAAGAAUUACAAAAGGAGCAAGAGCGAGUAUCUGAAUUAAAAAUGGUAAAUUCUUCACUUGAAAAUUUAUUGAAAGAAAAAGAACAAGAAAAAGCACACAUAAAAGAAGAAUCUGAAGUUACAGUGGAAAUGCUUCGGACGCAGUUGAAAGCACUAAACGAGAGGAUGGCAGCCUUGUGCAAUGACCAAGAGGCCUAUAAGACCAAAGAACAGAGUCUGACUAGUCAAGUAGGGUCUCUUGAACUUGAGAAGGCUCAGUUGCUACAGGACCUUGGUGACACCAAGAAUAAUUACAUUAUUUUGCAGUCUUCUGUAAAUGACCUCAUUCAAGAAGUAGAAGAUGGUAAACAGAAACUGGUGAAGAAAGAUGAAGAGUUCAGGACACUAGAAGAUCUACUUAAAGACCGGGAACAGCUUAUCUCUAAACUUUCCCAGCUGGAAGGAGAGCAGCAGCUUUGGGAGAAACAGAAGCUAGAACUGGGAAGUCAGACGCUAGAAUUGAAGGAGAAGAUCCAGGCACUGCAGUCCAAAAAUGACACUUUGCAGAAUACCCUUGAAGCACUGCAGCGUUCUUACAAGAAUCUAGAAAGUGACCUUGAAUUGAUGAAAAUGGAGAAAAUGUCCCUUGUUGAAAGAGUGAGCGUAAUGACUGGGAAGGAGGCAGAGCUUCAAAGGGAAAUGCACGAAAUGAUACAGAAAACAGCAGAGGUGAAAGAAGAAUUCAGUAAAGAAAAAAAUAAGCUAACCAAAGAAUUAACAGUGCUUAUGGAAGAGCUGAAGAACGUCAAAGUAGACCAUUUUAAAUAUGUAAGUCAGCUAGAGAAGGAAUUUGAACGGGCUCAGGGGAAAGUAAAGUUGCUUCUCAAGUCCUGUAAACUGCUGGAAGGAGAAAAGAAAAUGUUACAGAAAGAGCUCUCUCAACUUGAAGCUUCACAGAAGCAGAAAAGAGGUUCUGUUGUGGAUGACGUAGGUAAACUAAUGGCUGAGAUCAAAGAGCUGAAAGAAACUCUGGAAGGAAAAACCAAGGAAGCAGAUGAAUACUUGGACAAGUACUGUUCCCUACUCAUAAGCCAUGAAAAAUUAGAGAAAGCCAAAGAGAUACUAGAAACACAAGUUGCUCUACUGAGUUCACAGCAGUCUAAACGCCAACUCCGAAGGUCCCCAUUGCUAAAUUCAUCUGUUCCAGGACUGUCUCCAGCUACCUGUGCCAGUGAGGCAAAGUUACCAUCUGGCCAAAAUAAAUCUUUGGGCAAGAGGCAGAGGUCCAGUGGAAUAUGGGACAAUGGUGGAGGGCUAACACCUUCCACACCAGAGACAUUGUCUAAAAAAAGUAGGAUAGCAGUUAACAGUGGUCCUAACUCUGCUGAGGAUAAAGAAGAAUCUGAGUUUGAGCCAGAGGGCCUCCCAGAAGUUGUAAAGAAAGGGUUUGCCGAUAUCCCAACAGGAAAGACAAGCCCGUACAUCCUUCGGAGAACAACCAUGGCAACCAGGAGCAGCCCCCGCUUGGCUGCACAGAAGUUAGUCUUGUCCUCCCCAACUCUGGGCAAAGAAAAUGAGGUAGAGUUCUUGAAACCAACAGCUGGUGGCAGCAGAUCCCACAAGGCCAAGAUUACUCAGCGGAGCCCAGUGGAUUCACACACUGUCUUCCCAGAACCAACGAAGUCUCUCACAGCCUGUAACGUACCUGAGAGAAGCUCAGCAGAGAGCCCCAGGGAGGGCCUAAGACCCAAGCGAGGCUGUCUCUCCCCUAGUGCACAUGCUGGGUCUGACCCCAAGAACAGUGACAACUGCCGGGUCCAGUGAGGUGUCAGGGCCAGUGGGGACUUUAGUCAGAGAGCACUUUAUCUGUAGGGAGUGGAUAAUGUAUGUUCUCAGCACAGCCUUCAGAGCUCCCAUGGAUGGAAUUGGGAAAAUUUGGAAGUAAGUGUCCACUUCCCAGUUGUUUCUGACCUCAGCCUCUAGUGUAUAUAGAGGUAGACAGAGCUUUUUCAAGGGUGUGCUGCAGCUAAAUAAACACUGUAAAGACUUCUUUGUGAAUUUUGCACUGAAUACACAGUGCUGUGUUUGUGAUCUUUCCUAUGUUCAGUGUUAGGUGUGAAGUCAUUGUAGAUCCAGAGUUUGAGCUGAGUAAAGUGAAGGAAAACAUGCUGUGUGUUAAUUGAGGAAAACUUGUGCGUGCAUGUGGGUAUAUUCAUUCUUCAGUGUGUUUCAUUGUUUAACUACCUGUACAUAUGUAUGUGUGGGGAUGGGAGCUGGUGGGGUGUGUUUCCAGUGUCGUGGAUCCUUCAAGGUGCUGUGAGUCAUGCUACUGUUGGGCUUUUCUUCUCAAGACCAUCACAGUUUUUUGGUGUGUAUUGCUGUGUCUUGUGUUGUAUUAAAAUAUAUUCUAAUAAAAAUGUUUUUGGUAAAACUUAUUUCCUAAA